ACAAGAGCCAGCUUCUGCAACCCCACUUCCACCUUUCCCUAUCCCUCAUAGCCCUCUCUCUCCAGCAGCUCAACCUUUCAUUCCUUGUGCAAAGGACUGCUCACAACCGAUGGACCAACCUCACUUCUUGGGGUGCUCAAAUUCUGAUAAUGAUAAUGACUUGGAAAGAUCACAGUGGAACGUGAGCUACAACUCAGGCUCAGAGAAGCAGUCAAAGCCCUAUUUUAAGCCUCUUUGUGAAGAUUCAGAAGAAGAAUGGGUUACAGAUAGAGGGUCGGAAGAUGAACCAGACUGGCAUACUAGGAAAGAAGCAAGUAAAAGGAAAAAUCAGAGGAAGUUUGAGCAGCUCUGUCUUCAGUUCAAAGACUCCCCAAUGCCAAGGAGGAGCAGGAGACUAACAGACCUGAAAACUAGAUUAAUUCAGGAGAAAAGUUUGCUUUAAAGUCCCUAAUCUCCUUUCGGUUUUAAUUGCUCAGUUUUUAUUAAGGCUGGGAUCGAACUAGUUUCCAUUAUUUUUUAAUAGUGGAUGAUAUCCAGGAGUCCAUCUUGGUUUACUUCCCAAUUUAGCAGCUACAACAACUGGAUUGAGAUACAGAAAGUGAAGCAAAGCAAGCCCCUUUGGAGAAUAGCUGUUGAUUUCCUUGUCUUGAUUCUCUUUGGAUUUUUGCUGAUGUAAUUUCUUUAUCACUAGCUGUUUGAGGGUCU